UGAGUUGACUUCCCACAAUCCUCCUUGGCCCCAGACUUGUGUCUCCCACAGAGGUCAGCUGGACGCUUCUGGGGAACCACCUUCAAGCAGCAAGAGAUGAAGGCCACAGACCUUCUCCUCGUUGGGUGCCUUUGAUGGUGGAGCUUCCGUUGCACUAUCAAAGGCCCGUGGCGACGAUCUCCACAGCCGUGGCGACGAUCUCCACGGCCUCAGACCAUCCGUGGUGCCUUUGCUGGAAGAGAACGGACGCUUAGAGGUCUCCCCGUUUGGAGGACAUUUGAUUGACAGACCUUCGGUCUCUUGAGGAUGGAGCGGCUUCGGGUUCAUGCUUAGAAGAGGCCCCCUCCCCCCCGGGGCCUCGGGAGAUCGAGUCUGUCUUCCAAAUGCCGUGCUGGGUUUGGACGAUGGGAUUCGUAGUCCGAGCCGCUCUGAAGGGCGUGCUAGAACCUUCGGAAGGGGCUCCCGAGGUCCUCGAAUCUGAAUGUCCUGCUCAAAGCAGGAAAGCAGAUAAAAAAUAACCCCCCCCCAAAGAUGGCAGUCCAGCCUGUGCUUGAAUACCACCCGGGACCAGGAGCAUCACCUUUGGGAUAGGCCUCCUGCGCGUCACGCCGCAGAUUAUCAACCAGAUCGAACGUAAGGAGGCCGUUGUUACAGGAGAAUUGUGGCAGCCGUGUAAAUGGACACAUCUACAAGGCCAGUGGCCAGCAGGAGAUGGUCUCGCAAUGGUGGACGAAGGUGAGGGCAGAGCGGAGACCGGGUCCCCUGUGAUGCCCACGGGGAAGAGGAAGAAAGGCCGCCCCCGGACCGCCAACCCGGUACCCAAACCCGAAAACAAAGGUCCCCCACGGGUGACGCUGAAGAUGAACCCACCAAAGUGCCCCGAAUGCGGUAAAACCUUCCUCAGCAACGUGGCCAUGACUAUCCACAUCCGGACGCACACCGGAGAACGCCCGUUCAAGUGCCACCUCUGCCCCAAGGCCUUCCCCUCCCGGGGGGACCUCAAGCGGCACAUCAAGACCCACCUGCGCAGGAAGCCGUCCCCACCGCUCGUGCCCCGCAGCGGCGCCUCGAAAAAGAGCUUGGCGGCCAAGAUGCAGCUGCAGGGUCACCUGCGCUGCCUGCCUGAUCCGAAGAAACCCUACAGUUGCGCGGAGUGCGGGAAGAGCUUCCACAAGAAGGCGAGCCUCCGCAAACACCAGGGGACGCACUCGACGGAGAGGCCCUUCGCCUGCCUGGAGUGCGGGCGCAGCUUCCGGCUCAAGCAGAUCCUGGUGGCGCACAUGGCCUCGCACAUCAAGGAGCGCCCCUUCCCCUGCGAACAGUGCGGGAAGUGCUUUGCCCAGGAGCGCAACGUGCGCAGCCACCAGAGGGUGCACACUGGCGAGAAGCCCUUCCUGUGCAUGGCGUGCGGGAAGCGUUUUGGCUACAAGCAGCAUCUGGUCAAGCACCUACGCUUCCAUACCGGCGAGCGCCCAUACCGAUGCCCCGAGUGUGAGAAGACCUUCCGGGAUAAAGCCACGCUGAACAUCCACUACCGCAUGCACACCGGCGAACGGCCGUACCGGUGUCCUUUCUGCAGCAAGACCUGUCGGCAGAAGCAGCACCUAAACAGUCACCUGAAGGUCCACCGGGGGGAGACGCUGCCCCUGGGGGACACCACCGGGCUGACCCUGCAAAAGGUGCGCGCCAAGGAGAAGCCGUACGAGUGUCCGCAGUGUCAGAAGCGCUUCCGGAACAAGAAAAUCAUGUUGGUGCACCAGAAGACACACAAAGACGACGUGCCGCAAAGCGCCCCGCUGCAGAGCAAGAGGGACCCGCUUGUGGCAGAGAGAAAGGCCCACGGGGCAGGUAGGAAGAGGAAGGAUGCGGGGCUCCCUUCAGGGCUGGCGUCCGCCCAGCCGCCGGUGGCCCCCAUCGCCUGCGCCGACUGCGGGAGGCGAUUCACGCAGAGGAAGUACCUGACGCUGCAUCAGCGGAGCCACAGGUGAGGAGACGGUGCUUCCCGUCGGAAUCUCAUCGCCCACGAAGACUCUCUCGGGGUGGCGCGCGGCACGGGGACCGCCGCGGAGGAGGUGCCGGUUUGCGAGGCGCUGCCCACAAAAAUGUCUAGACACAGCGCGGCGAGAAACAUUGCUUUAUUGUAGACAGCGAUGCGCUGUUUUGACCCCCCCCCCAGGACUAAAAUAACUCCAGCUUUUACUCCUGCCCUUGUGGGACAAGGGACAGCGGGCUGUUCUCCCAGUUUUGAGAGUUGACAGUCUCUCCCGCAGGUUUCGGAUUGGUGUAUCUCUGGUGUAUCCAGCGGAGGACCAUCAAAACCAGCUCAAUAGUUGCUAGAGCACGGGUGUCAAACGUGCCACGUCACAUGACACGGCGCGAGGUGUCGCCGCUUUUUUGGGCAUUGCCGGAACUGGGAUGAGUGCGGCCUCGGCAUGGUGCAACCGGAAGUUGUGACACCCCCUUCCGAAGUGCGUCACGCUAAGCCCGAAAGACCCAUCGGUCUUUGCCCCCACUUGAUCGUUCCUCUUCCAGCUCCGUGAUUGUGAAAAACGGAGUGGCCGUCCCCGUGGUGUUCCUCCAUAAAUACAGGUAGUCCUCGACUUAACGACAGUUCAAAGUUACAACGGUGCUGGAAAAAUGGGGACUUACGCCCCCUUUUUUCACACUUACCGACCGUUGCAGCGUCCCCAGGGUUGACGGCAUUAAAAUUCAGGCCCUCGAGCAACUGGUUCCUCUUUGUGACCGUGGUUGCGAUUCCCUUUUUAUGACUUUCUGACCAGCAAAGCCAGAUUCACUUAACGACUGAGCUACCAACUUAUCCACGGCGGUGUUUCGCUGGACAACCGGGGCAAGAACGGUCGUCAAACCGGGGCAAACCUCCCUGAACCGACGUCUCACCCGAAAACAGACAUUUGGGGGCUCUCUGGUUGUCGUAAGUCGAGGACGGCCUGUAUGCAAAAGGGUCCCUUAUUCCCGCCAAUGCCCUCGGACGUCGCUUCGCCCUUCGAACACCUUGGAAGGCGUUUGGGAUGCUGGGACUUUGCUCCAUGAAAAACUGCGGCGGGUUUCGGCCGGAAGCUGGAAGUGGUGAGCGGAACGUUCCUGGGUCCAGCAGGCUGGAUUGUGACCAAAGAACCACUUUUCAAGACAGCCGCAAUAAACCAGAAAAUUAAUACGA